AUGGCAUUCUCUUCAUCUUCACUUGUCACUACAUCCACCACUCUCCACAUCCUCCCCACUACCGAUCCUCCAUACAACCUCCUCCAAAACCACCCAUCUCUAACCCUUCUCUCCAAAUGCAAAAACAUCGAAAACCUCAAACAAGUCCAGUCUCAAAUCAUCAAGACUGGCCUCCACAACACCCAAUUUGCUCUAAGCAAACUCGUAGAUUUUUGUGCCAUUAACCCUAGUGGUGACCUCUCAUAUGCUCUCUUACUCUUUAAUACCAUUGAAGAACCCAAUCCAAUUAUAUGGAACACGAUAAUUCGAGGAUACUCAUUGAGCUCGUUGCCUAUUGUUGCCAUAGAAUUUUAUGUUAAGAUGCUUUCACUGGGUAUUAAGCCAAAUUCUUAUACUUUUCCUUUUGUUUUGAAGUCUUGCGCGAAAUUAGGGAUGACCCAUGAAGGGAAACAAGUUCAUGGACAUGUUUUGAAGCUUGGACUUGAAAGUGAUGUGUAUGUACACACUUCGCUAAUAAAUAUGUAUGCCCAAAAUGGAGAAAUGGAUAAUGCUAGAUUGGUGUUUGAUAAAAGUUCUUUUAGAGACGCAGUGUCUUUUACGGCCUUGAUCACGGGUUACAUUUCAGCAGGCAGUUUAGACGAUGCUCGCCUCCUUUUUGAUGAAAUUCCUCAUAGAGAUGUGGUGUCCUGGAAUGCUAUGAUUGCGGGUUAUACCCAAAGUGGCCGAUUCGAAGAGGCAUUGGUUUUCUUUCAGGAGAUGCGAAGAACAAAAGUAAAACCUGAUGAGAGCACCUUGUUAAGUGUUCUCUCUGCUUGUGCUCAUUCGGGUUCUCUUGAAUUGGGGAAUUGGGUUCGGUCUUGGAUUGAAGACCAUGGAAUUUGUUCUAAUCUUCGGCUUGUUAAUGCACUUAUUGAUAUGUAUUCCAAGUGUGGUGACCUCGACACAGCCCGUGGUUUGUUUGAUGGCAUAGAAAGCAAAGAUAUGAUCUCAUGGAAUGUUAUGAUUGGAGGUUAUACGCAUAUGAGCUGCUACAAAGAGGCCUUGGCCCUUUUCCGGCAAAUGCAGCAAUCAAACCAUGAGCCAAAUGAUGUCACUUUCCUAAAUAUUCUUCCAUCUUGUGCUCACUUAGGUGCUCUUGACCUUGGCAAAUGGAUUCAUGCUUAUAUAGGCAAGAACUUUCAUAAUUUAGCCAACACCUCUCUUUGGACUAGUCUCAUUGGCAUGUAUACCAAAUGUGGUGACUUACAUGCAGCAGAACAAGUCUUUGAGGGUAUGAAUCCUAAAACUUCAUCUUCUUGGAAUGCAAUGAUGGCAGGUCUAGCAAUGCAUGGGCGUGCAGAUAGAGUGCUAGAGCUUUUCUCCAAAAUGGUCGUAGAUGGAGUUAAACCAGAUGAAAUUACUUUUGUUUGUGUUUUAUCAGCUUGUAGCCAUGCUGGUUUGGUUGAUCUUGGCCGGAAAUAUUUCAGUUCCAUGACCAAAGACUACAAUGUCUAUCCAAAAUUGCAGCACUAUGGAUGCAUGAUUGAUCUUCUAGCCCGAGCAGGGCGGUUUGAUGAAGCACAAGCCCUGAUUAAGAAUAUGGAUAUCAAGCCAGAUGGUGCCAUAUGGGGGUCUCUACUUGGGGCUUGCAGAAUCCAUGGAAAUGUGGAGUUAGCUGAAUAUGUUUCCAAGCAACUCUUCGAAUUGGAGCCCGAAAAUGCUGGACCUUAUGUCCUUUUAUCAAACAUCUACGCAGGGGCUGGUAGGUGGGAUGAUGUAGCAACUAUAAGAACAAUGUUGAAUGACAAACGAAUAAUUAAGGUUCCGGGUAGUACCUCCAUUGAGGUAGACAGUGUUGUCCAUGAGUUUCUUGUCAGUGACAAAACACAUCCACAGAGUGUAGAAAUAUACAAGAUGUUGAAUGAAAUAGACAGGCUUUUGGAGGCUUUUGGCCAUGUCCCGGAUACAUCUGAGGUGUUUUAUGACAUUGAUGAGGAGGGGAAGGAAGGUAUCUUGUGUCAGCAUAGUGAGAAGUUGGCCAUUGCUUUCGGGUUGAUCAGUACAAAGCCCGGGACAACGAUAAGGAUUGUGAAGAAUCUUCGUGUCUGUGGGAAUUGUCACUCGGCCACCAAGUUGAUAUCAAAGAUAUUCGGCAGGGAGAUUGUUGCUAGGGAUCGAAAUCGUUUUCACCAUUUCAAAGAUGGUUCUUGUUCAUGCAUGGACUACUGGUGAAAAUCAUUCAGUCUUGAGAAAGUGAUCAUUAUUGUUCCAGUAAGAAUAUCAAUGGGAAGUAGUAUGUCUCAUUUGGUGCCUCCAACUUCUUGUAGUUUAGACUUUAGACAGAACAAUUGUUGGUUCUUGAUCAUGCAUAAAACUAUUUACAACUUACAAUAUCAUGG